GCGCAGUGCCCGCAUUCCAUCAUGGCGGAGCCGUCUGGCGGCGUCUGGGGCGCUUGGCAGCGCUGAGGUUGGGCAGCGGUUACGCUCGUGUCGCGCCCCGCUCGGUGGUUGAUGUGCGACGCUGUCAAUGAAUGGUCAUUUUAGCCAUGAUGGCCGACCAGCCGCCUCCAUUAGAAGCCACACCUAUAAUGAAUGAAGUGCCACUUCUACCUCAUAUGGUUAAUGGGGACAGCAUACAACAGGUUAUACUUGUGCAGGUAAACCCAGGAGAAACUUUCACAAUUAGAACUGAAGAUGGACAUAUCCAGUGUAUCCAAGGUCCAGCACAUGUUCCCAUGGUGUCACCAAAUGGUUCUGUGCCUCCAAUAUUUGUGCCUCCUGGCUAUGUAUCUCAGAUGGUAGAAGAAAAUGGAGUUCGUAAGGUGGUGGUAUUACCACAUUCGUCUGAAUUCCAUCCUUCCAUGCAUCCCCCUCCACCACAUGUGCCACAUUACAUGCAUCCUCACCCUGCUUUGCUUCCCCACCCACCUCAUCCAGUGUACUCUCCAGUUCCAGGGACAGGAGAAAUGCCACCGCAGUUCAUUCACCAGCCUCCUCCACCAACACAUGUUUAUCAAGAACAAGAAUCUCGUUCCCAUGGAAGGACAAAUUUUAUUCAGCGAGAUGAAAGGACUGUCAAAAUGCAAGAACAUCUGAAGAAAAGACUUAAGGAGAAACAAGCUAGUGGGCAUACUAAUAAUAAACUUAACAGUCCUCCUUCUUCACCACAUAGAGUUCACAAUUCUUCCAAUACAAAUGUUCAGAAUGGAUAUGGAAAUGGAAAGGGACAGCAAGCAGCAUGCGGGCUAAUAAAGCAAAAACAAAUAGGAAAAACAAGAGCAAGCCCACCAGCAGAUUCAGAGAUGGGAGAGUCUGACACAGAAUCCAAAAAGUUGUACAAUCUCCACGUAAGCAUUGGUAAACCUGUAGUUUCUGAUAUACAAGCAAGAUCAGCAGUUCUGUCCUGGAAUCUCCCAGUUAGUUCGCAGAAUGGAGAAAGUCAGAGUCUCACUCCAGCAACAUUUAUAUUUGAAGUAGCAGUAUCCAACAGCGGUAAAAAUGGAAAAUUUAAAUCAGUCUAUAUAGGAGAAGAAACAACAAUUACUCUUCCUGAACUCAGACCAGCAACAGAUUACCAUGUCAGAGUUUCAGCAACAAGCAGUUCCAUAAAAGAAUCUAUUUCCGAAUUGGUGAGUUUUACUACAGAAAGUUGUGAACCAGACCCUCCAGCUGCACCUAAACUAAUCAACAGAACGAAAAACAGCUUGAGUUUACAGUGGAAGUCUUCAAAUGAUAAUGGUUCCAAAAUAACUAAUUUUCUCUUAGAAUGGGAUGAGGGAAAGAGUGGAGCCUUCAAAGAAUGCUACUAUGGGAAUCUAAAGCAAUACAAACUAACCAAACUUUCUCCUUCUACAAAGUACUCGCUCAGAUUAGCUGCUAAAAAUGACAUCGGAAUGAGUGGGUUUAGUGAGACAGUGGCAUAUUAUACAGCAGGAAUCGUCCCUUCACCACCACUUCCCCCUCAGUUUACUGAAGCAGGAGUAACAUGGUUAUCAUUAAAAUGGAGCCCACCUAAUGGCAUGUCUUCAGAUGACUCUCUGACUUACACUUUAGAUAUGGAAGAAGAAGAUUCUGGUUAUGGUUUUCAGCCGAAAUACAACGGAGAAGAACUCUCAUGCACUUUAAAAAAUCUAAGGAGGAGUACUUCUUAUAAGUUUAGGCUCUCUGCCUGCAACAAUGAAGGAAAAAGUAUCCCUAGUGAGGUAGUAGAAUACAGCACAAUUCCUGAUAAACCUGGACCACCAAGUAAACCAAGUGUAAAGGGAAAGAUCCAUUCACACAAUGUGAAAGUUACAUGGGAUCCACCGAAGGAUAAUGGAGGAUCAGACAUUUAUAAGUAUUUUCUGGAAAUUUCAGAAACUUUAAUUGGAACUAACUGGGAAGUAGUAUAUAGUGGUUGCACGAGAGAACAUGUGUGUGAUCAUCUCAAGCCUGGUACUUCAUACAGACUGAGAGUUUCCUGUGUCAGUAAGGGAGGUGAAAGCCCGGCUUCUGAUGUUCUGACUGUACAAACAUCAGCUGUUCCUCCUGGACCUUGCCAUGCUCCAUGCCUGGUUAGCAAAGCUAAGCCCAGAGAAAUAACUCUACAAUGGGAUCCCCCUUCCACAGAUGGGGGCUCAGAAGUAACAGAGUAUGUUGUUGAAAUGGCAAACUCUGAACAAGAUGAACAUAGACAAGUGUAUCAGGGUCUGACGACAGAAUGCACAGUGAACAAUCUACUUCCUGGGAGAAUGUACUGCUUCUGGAUAAGAGCAGGAAAUAAAGCUGGGUUUGGCCCUCUCUCUGAAAAAGCAGAGAUUUCUACAGCUGCAGGACCUCCUGAUCAGUGUAGUACACCCUUGUUAACCUGUAAGGCUGCCAGCUGUGUAGUGGUCACUUGGGAGAGUCCUGCAUGCAAUGGUGCUGAAAUUUGUGAAUAUAGGCUGGACUGGGGACAAAUGGAAGGAUCAAUGCGUAUCAUAUACACUGGCCCUUGUCUGAGCUAUGAAGUGAAAGGUCUUACACCUGCAACCACGUAUUAUUGCAGAGUACAGGCUGUGAAUAUAGCUGGAGUUGGAUUGUUUGGAGAUAUUGGUGUGGUAACAACACCAGCAUCGGUGCCUGCAGCAGUGUCAGUACUACAUCUGCUUGAAGAAGAUCAGAUGGAAAUUCCUGGUCCCUUGUCAAUAUGCCUUGCCAUUCAGUGGGAGGAACCAUGUUGCCAUGGGUCAGAUGUCAUUGGAUAUAAUAUAGAAUAUGGGGAAAAGCAACUUGUAACUGUUGGUAGAGUUACGAGCCAUAUUCUGGAGAAUCUGCACCCUGACACUUUGUACAGAAUUAGAAUACAGGCCAUAAACAACUUUGGAGUUGGUCCUUUCAGUCAUUCCAUUAAAGCCAAAACAAAACCACUACCUCCUGACCCGCCUCAUCUUGAAUGUGUGGUCUUCAGCUACCAGAGCCUUAAACUGAAAUGGGGUGAAGGUCCUAGUAGAGCUUUAAUUACCAAUCCUACACAGUUCAACUUGCAGAUGGAGGAUAAGUUUGGCAGAUUUGUUACUGUUUAUAGCGGACCUUGUCAUACGUACAAGGUGCAGCGACUCAGUGAAUCCACUACAUACUAUUUUAAAAUCCAGGCAUACAAUGAUGCUGGAGAAGGGGAGUUUUCUGAAGUUUAUGCUUUCACUACAACCAAAUCUCCACCAGCAUCUCUUAAAGCACCCAAAGUAAAUCAGGUGGGAGAAAACAUCUGUGAAAUCACAUGGGAGCCUUUACAAUCAAUGAAAAGAGAUUCCAUUGUUUACAUUCUUCAGCUUGCCAGUGGGAGAGAGGUUGAUCAGGUAUACAAGGGAUCAGAGACUUCAUUCCGUUUCACAAACUUUCAGACAAACUGUGAAUAUCGGUUCAGAGUCUGUGCUGGACGCCAGUAUCAAGAUUCUACUGGAUUACAAGAACUGUAUGGACCUUACAGUCCCAGUACAGUAUUCUCAUCUCAAAAACAAGAGUUGGUUCCACAGUGUACUGAUUCUACAGCUAAAUUUGCAAAGAUUAAGAAGACGUUAAGUGAUGAGCAGUUUGCUUUUGUUCUUCUUGUGGGGUUUGCAAUGGUUGCUAUUUUGUUUGCUUUUGUUAUUCAGUACUUUGUAAUCAAGUAG